AUGAGUCUAAACGAGGAUUGGGGUUACUUACUUUCACAAAAAUUACCCUUGAACACAGAAUACAGGUAUGAUUUCGAGCAAUAUCCACAACACGCAACGACGGACGAGUCCGUGGACUCUAUGGAUGGGAUAUUAAUGGAUUCCCCAAAAGAUAUACCCGAUGACGCUUAUGAAUCAGCAAGCACCGUGAGCGGCGAUUGUCUAUGUGAAACGCCACGAAAUUGUGAAGAAACAUUUGACACUUUACCUGAAGUGGUCGUUUCGUCUCCGUCGCUCAACGGUGAUAUGAAUUGGGGAUUUAACAAUUUUACAAAUAACGUUGCACAUGGCUUUGGCGAAGAAGAAAUGACGCUAUCGAUGCGUGACGUCGAGACGCAUCCUACAUGCGGUAAAUGUGCCGACGACCCUGGCCAGGUUGGAAGCUGGUCUGAAAAAGAUGUUAUCGUACUUAUUAAUGCGGUACAGAAUUAUGAUAGAAACUGGCAAUUCAUUGCCGAACAUUGCUUUGGUUUACGAAAACCAGCGACCGUUAUACGACGCAAAUACAGACGUCUAACGAGCGACAAUGUUGGUCUAUGGUCGCCUGACGAAGACAGAUUGAUAAAUGAAGGCGCUCGACAUGGUAGAGGUAAUUGGGAAAAGCUUGCCCUUCGUCUCCCGAAUCGUACACCGGCAGACCUUGAAGAUCGAUGGUAUCAAAUUACCACUUGUAAACAGUAUCACUGGACGCCAGAAGAAGAUGAUUUGCUCAAACUGUUGGUGGGAGAAUUGGGUGAAAAUUGGAAGCUGAUCGCGAAACAGUUAAAAAAGGAUGCACGUGUAGUGAAAUGGAGAUACGUCUGGUCUCCCAAGCAUAAAGGUGUAAAGUGGAGCACAGAUGAGCUGAUCACUCUUGUUGAAGCAUACCGGAUGUAUGGACCUGAUUGGAGCAGGAUAACGCCGCUACUUCCGAGUCGUACAGUAGAGGAAGUGAGAAGACACUUUGCGAACAAUGUUUCGUUGGCUAUGCGUACUGGGAAAUGGCGAGUGGAAGAAGUGCAGCGUUUCGACUUGGCGUUUUCUAGUUGUGGUGAUGAUUGGGAUGAAAUCGCAAAGGCGGUGAGGACAAGAACCAGUGAGCAAUGUAAAGCAUACUAUAAGAAUACCAUAGAAAGAGCAAUCCUUAGAAAAUGUAAAAAGCUUAAUAUUCCUGCUAACGAGAGGGUGGUUGUAGGAGUAGAUUUGUCUUCUGAUGGAUUAUGGCGAAAACGUGACCGAUAG